CAGCACAGAAAUGAAAAACUUGUGAGUGAAACCCUUCCUCACCCAUCACGUGAGAGCUAUUAAUAGUCUCAUCUAAUUUCACUUGACUAAAAAUAUGCCUCCAUUCAGUGCCACACCACACCGCUCCCCAUUCACUCCAUUCACGUUUCAAUGAGUUUGUGUUGCUCUCUCCGUUCUAUACUAAAGAAAUCUCAAAACCCCAUUUUCAGAAAUCAUGCAGAAGCAUACACAUAAGCACUUCUUCUCAUCAUCCUUUUCUUAUCAGAACUACUCACACAUUGAUGAAGGACAUGCCCUUCUUUUUCCUCAAGAACUCCUUAGGAGCCAAGAUGAAGAAAGGCAUCAAAACCUUCUGCAACAACAACGGUUCAACCUCCACUCUCAACCAACAAAAUAGCCACAACAACAACAACUACAGUGAUUUCACAAGCAAGGUAAGCUCAUCAAACUCACCAACCCUAGAGGAUCUAAUACUACAACUAGAGUUGGAGGAAGAAAUGGCUAGAAAAUCCAAACUUAAUAGUGAGUAUAGUGGAAUAAUGAGGGGUAGGAUGUCAUGUGUGAACAACUCUGACAUACUGAGAUCUGCAAGGAAUGCAUUGAAUCAGUAUCCACGGUUUUCGCUCGAUGGAAGGGACGCCAUGUACCGGUCUUCUUUUGGGAACAUAGAGGGAAUAAGAAGAAGAUCAGUUUGUAGUGAGACAAGUUUUGAUUUAGAUAAUAAUCAUAAGGGUGUGUGUUGUUUGCCUCCAACACUGGCUGGGGAGAGUGUGGUGUGGCGAAAACCCGGUGUUGUGGCGAAGUUGAUGGGUUUAGAAGCCAUGCCGGUGCCCAUAGGUAGCAGCAGAAGAUCCUGUGACAAUAAUAAAGAGAAGUUAAGUGCUGUUGUUAGAAGGCAGAAUCUAAUAAGGAGGAGAUUUGAGAGGCAUGACUUGGAGAGAAAGCUACUAACAAUGGAGAUGCAACAUCAGAGUUAUGGUUAUCAUACUAAUAAUAAUAAUAAUAACAUUAGAAGACACAACAAGAAUAACGGUUGUUGCUCUAAAAAUGGGAAUUGUGUUAUGAAACCGGUUGCUCUAGAGGCUCUGGCUGGGGGACCUGGAAGGAGAUCAUAUGCUUAAUUAGGCCUAUAAUUAUAUAAUAAUACCUAAUUACUCUAAACAAACCUUUUCUAAUCUACUAAUUAAGGUUUUUCUUUUAUGCUAUUUGUUAGUUAUGCAAAUCCAAGUACAAUGCUUAGUAAGGCUAAUAAUGACACAAGUCUGGUUUGUUUUGUUGAAUUUACCCCUUCAAUCUUUCUCUUGCUGUAUGUACAUACACACGGAAUAAUAACAUCCUAGCUUGUUCUUUCUGACUAUGUAUGUAAAACAUAAAUUUAUUUAUGUGAGGCGCAGUUCAUGAAA